CGCCUAGGAAAGGAAAGUACUCAUGCGUCUGGGAGGCGUCUUUCUCCCGCGCCAGCACGAAUAGAGGUUUUGUGUAGCGGCGGCGGAGGCAGGGUCUGUCUCAUUUGAACGCCGCGAGCGGCAGCUUCUCGUCUGUGUCCCGAUCUCGAAGCCUAAGAGCAAAGCGGCGAGAUGACCGACCGGUACACCAUCCACAGCCAGCUGGAGCAUCUGCAGUCCAAGUACAUCGGCACGGGCCACGCCGACACCACCAAGUGGGAAUGGCUUGUGAACCAGCACCGGGAUUCCUACUGCUCCUACAUGGGUCACUUCGACCUCCUCAACUACUUCGCCAUUGCUGAGAAUGAGAGCAAAGCGCGCGUGCGUUUCAACCUGAUGGAAAAAAUGCUGCAGCCCAGCGGGCCGCCGGCGGACAAGCCCGAGGAGAACUGAGGCGAGCGCUUCCCGGUCUUCCCCACCUGGCCGCUGUGGUCCGAUCCUCCCUGCUCCUGCUUCUCCACCACUCUGUGUUGGCUGUCUCACCCGAUCUGCUGACCCGUGGACGAUUCCGAACCGGUCAUCGAGAGAGACUGUCGGGUCCCCAGGGAACUGCAGAAGGCGUGAUCCCAGAAUCGGCAAGCGAGGGAGAAGACUGCACGGGAGUGAGGACGCAUUUCGAGUCUGCUUUUCCAUCGUUGAUGUCUUCUUACACCCCCCCCCCCCCGCCCCUUUAAAAUAUAUAUAUAAAGUUUAGGAUUUGCUCUA